AUGAGCCGCGGAACGGGCGCGGGCUACGACCGCCACAUCACCAUCUUCUCCCCCGAGGGACGCCUGUACCAAGUGGAGUACGCGUUCAAGGCGGUGAAGUCGGCGGGUGUCACGUCGAUCGGCGUCCGCGGCGCGGACUCCGUCUGCGUCGUCACCCAGAAGAAAGUGCCGGAUAAAUUGCUGGAUCAGACGAGCGUGACACACCUGUUCCCGAUCACCAAGUUUGUCGGAUUGCUUGCCACUGGCCUUACAGCUGAUGCAAGGUCAUUGGUUUCCCAAGCAAGGAACGAAGCAGCUGAGUUUCGUUUCAAAUGGGGCUACGAGAUGCCAGUUGAUGUGUUAGCAAAAUGGAUUGCUGACAAAGCUCAAGUUUACACGCAGCAUGCAUACAUGAGACCCCUUGGAGUAGUUGCUAUGGUCUUGGGCUACGACGAAGAGAAAAAUGCCCAACUAUUCAAAUGCGACCCUGCUGGUCACUUCUUUGGACAUAAGGCAACUAGUGCCGGGCUCAAGGAGCAGGAAGCAAUAAAUUUUCUGGAGAAGAAAAUGAAGGAUGAUCUGAAAUUCACCUAUGACGAAACUGUUCAGAUUGCAAUAUCUGCAUUGCAAUCAGUUCUCCAGGAAGAUUUCAAGGCCACUGAGAUCGAGGUUGGUGUUGUGAGAAAAGAAGACCGUGUUUUCAGAGCUCUCACAACAGAGGAGAUCGAUCAGCACCUGACGGCAAUUAGUGAACGGGACUGA